UUUCAGAGAACGAUUGUGGCCGAAAUUUGCCGAACACUUCUCAACCAACCAGAGAAAACUGAUGGGGCCUGGACCGACAGUCAACCUUCGAUGAAACGGCGUUUCUUGUAUUAAAAACACUUAUUUGGAUCGAUUAGAGGAACGUAAACAUGCCGUCCCUUUUGUUCUGCGGGCCUAAGAUGGCAGCAUGUGGAAUAGUGAUCAGCAUUUGGGGAGUGAUCAUGCUGGGGAUGCUGGGUAUUUUCUUCAGUGCCAAGUCAGCUGUACUGAUCGAAGAUGUUCCCUUUACUGAAGAGGACAUUCGGAAUGAUAAGGCCCCACCCCAGGCCAUCUACAGCCUGUACAACCAGGUGGGCGUCAACUGCUUCAUCGCGGCGGCUGUCUACGUUGCCGUGGGCGCCGUCUCGCUGUGCCAGGUCCGCCUCAACAAGAGGCAGGAGUACAUGGUCACCUAGGUUACCGUUCCACCAACCGGGGCCGCACGAGGCCACGCCUCCUCCAUCGGAACACGGAUGUACAGCGAGGAGAAAAGGAUCAAAACAUGCUAUCAAGAUAUUCCAUUUUAUGUCCGUCCGUCUAUAUCGUGAUGCCACACGGGCAUAUUUUAUUGCCUAGUUGACAACUGAAGGCUGGGAAAUAGUUUGGUGUCUAUUGAAAGUAUUUUGGGAAAUCGUACAUGGUUACAAUGAUUAUACACUUGGAUAUAUUGUAGUUAUAUUUGUUUUGUUUUGUCUUCUCUAAGGCAAGCUGGCUGCCUUUUUACCCUCUCGUAUUUAUUUGUACCACCUGUUCGGUGGUUGUUGUGAUGUAGAAGGGCCUCUAUCAUUCCUCUGUUGGGCUUGUUGUUACACUGUCUCUUGUUGACCUUUUUCAAAGCAUGCAUUCUUUUAUUUAUUUGUUUUAAAAAGGAGCCACCUCAUUUGCUGUGUGAAUGUUGCAGUAAUUGGAGGGAUGGGAAUACUUGAAAUGUAGUCGAGUCACUCUGGUUUUAUCUUGUCUUGGAGCUAACCUACUAAAAUGUUUGGUCGCUGGUGUUCAGUGUUGUGUGUUUACCGUGUGUGCGUGUGUAGAAUCAAGGCAUGCAUGUGGGUCUUCUCCAAUUCUGAGUUCUCCGGAUGUUUUGACUAGAUAACCUGUUUUUACCCUGAAUAUCCCUUGGAGCAGUUCUCUUCAAUAGUAUAAUGGUUUUUGAUGUAAGGAAAUUUGUCUGCAAUAAAGUGGGUGUAAAUAUAAA